UUACCUUCUACGGGCGAAUUUUAGAUUCAUGAAUAUUAACAAAAACCCUUCGCCAUAGUACGAUUAGUAAACGCGGCUACUGAUCGUCCGUCACAUCAGCUCCGCGACACCGGCAAGAUACAAACAGGAAAUUAUAGCUCAAAGACAGCUGUAAGAGUUUAUUUCUUUGUAUGAAACUAGUGUAGGCCUAUUUCUGUUGUUGGACUGGACUAAGUUACCUGUUUUAAUUAUCUCAUCUAUUUUGCCGCGAGGACAAUGCUUCAGUGUUUAUCGGGAGGUUCGUGUGUGCGUGUCAUAGAAGGUUACAAGUCUACGUGGUAUUUUGUGGUGUUGGUGCUGGCGUAUGUGGUGUAUCUGAUAUUGGGGGCUUUAGUGUUUUCCGCGGUUGAACUGCCGUAUGAAGAAAAGCUUCGACAGGAGCUUCGGGCCGUGAAGCAGCAGUUUCUAGAUGACAAUGAAUGUCUGUCCGAUGAAAGACUUGAGGAGUUUCUGGCUAAAGCGUUGGAGGCGAGUAAUUACGGUGUGUCGGUUCUCAAUAAUGCCUCCAUUAGCUGGAACUGGGAUUUCACAUCUGCACUCUUCUUUGCCAGCACUGUGCUUUCCACGACAGGAUAUGGCCACACCGUUCCUCUGUCGGAUGGGGGUAAGGCCUUCUGCAUCAUUUACUCAGUGGUGGGAAUCCCAUUUACCCUACUGUUCCUGACUGCGGUGGUCCAGAGGAUCAUGGAGUUCAGUACCCGCAGGCCUGUGGAGCACCUGCACCGGCGAUGGGGCAUGUCCAAAUCUCUGCUGGCCAGCCUGCACGCUGCCCUUCUGGCCAUUAUUACAGUCUCCUGCUUCUUCCUUAUACCUGCCAUCAUCUUCUCAGUACUGGAAGAGGAGUGGAAUUUCCUAGAGUCCUUCUAUUUCUGCUUCAUCUCUCUUAGUACUAUUGGCUUGGGUGAUUAUGUGCCAGGAGAGGGCUACCACCAGAGGUUCAGAGAACUCUAUAAAUUGGGCAUUACCUUCUAUCUGAUAUUGGGCUUGAUCGCGAUGUUGGUGGUUCUGGAAACCUUCUGUGAACUUCCGCAGCUGAAGAAGCUCAGGAAGGUCUUCUACCUAAAGAAACAAAAAACAGAGGACCAGCUUAACAUCGUGGAUCACGAUCACCUCUCCUUUGCUUCUGUGUCUGACCCGGCAUCCUCAUUUAGAGAGGAUAAGACUGAUCUGUUUCCUGAUGACAUUGUCUCCACCUCUCCUACUCCUACUUCUAAUGGACCAAUGGACCAAUGAGGCAUCCGACAUGUCAAUGUUUCUGAAGCACCUCCAUUAAGAGCAUAAAUGUAUUGUUAGUGUUCUCUGCUGUUAAGUUGGCUAAAACGUACCAUAGAUAUGAAUACUUGAAACACCUACUAAAGGUAAGUUACAGUGCUGUGGAAAAGGAUUGUAUGUAUGAAUUUGUAGAAUAGUUCAUAAUAUCAUAAUAUCAGAUAUUCUUCAUGCAGCUACUGAACUGAAAAAUGUGUGUGACCAAGGUGCGCACGCGCAUGUGUGUGUGUGUGUGUGUGUGUGUGACGGAUAACUCAGUUCAUUAAAUCUGAAAAUAAAUAGUUAACUGGUAAGUGGUCAUAGACUAGCUGUACGUAUUCCGGUUCUUGUUAGGUAACUGAAAAGGGAUAUAGUCCAUAUCUUGUAUUAUAGGUUUACAGAUGUAAUAAUGUAAUCAUGUUUUCUGGCUAUUCUAAUUUGAAGAAUUUCUUUAGACUGGAAUAUAGCACACAUCUUUUGUACACAUUCUUGCCCUGAUUGCAGUCUGAACAAGUCAGUGCCACACUCUUAAAAAUAAAGGUUUUCUAUUGGCAUUGAUAGUUCCACGAAGAACCUUUAACAUUGCACAAAAGUUUAUAUGGUGGGAAAAGGUUCUCUAGAUUUUUAAAAUGCCACUAAGAAAAAUGGUUCUUUUAUGAAAUGACCAUUAAAAGGUUCUUUAGGGAACCAUAAAUGCAUUAACAUUUUUUUUUCAAAGCCAUACCAUUUUCAGGCGGUUUUCAGGACAGAUUUAGCAGAAAAUCACGUAGUGUAAUACAGUCACAGACUUAACUUAUGAUUCCAUUCAAGCAUUCCGUCAAACAUGUUAUCAAACCAUUGUUUUCAUUUGGCAGCAAUAAUGUGCACUAAUUUUGUUGUGUUCAUAACUUGAAAGUCUGGUAGUGUUUGAUCCUCAGUCAUUUAGUGUAAAGGUUGUGUAGUGUAUUCCUGCCUGAAGCCUAUUCAGAGUCUGCAAGUGUAUGCCUAGUGUUUUGUUUUUUUUUCUCAAAAGAUUUUUAGACAGGGGCAGGUCCCUGGUGACUUUUUUUUUUUUAGACAUUCCAUAAUGCUUAAAGGGAAUUUCAAAUAUAUAUUUUAGUAGAGGCACAAGACAAUCAAAAAGCUGUAUAAUUAAUUUAUCUACUGAAGGGAUUAUUGUGUUUUUUGCCUUAAGUGAUGUUGGCUCCUCUGAAGCAGUUCUGUUUGUUGCAGUAGGCAUUGUCCACCUCCUAAGGGUGCUGUAGUGCCAUUGGUGUUGUAUUUUAAGCAAAAAACAGAAGUCACAUCAGUGCAUCAAAAUGCUCUUCUGAGUGACUGGGUAUAAUGCUGAAACAAAUAAAUCUAAUUUUAUUAUUAAUUGACAGUUUUCAGGUUUUUUUUAAUUUUAUUUCACAUGCCUUAAAAAGUUGUGCAUUUAAUGUAUGCUUCAAGUCGCACUUUAUCAAACCAGAAUAAACUGGUAACAGAUCA